ACUGCAACAACCACGCGUCUCUGAUAUGGAUACGAGGAUCGGAGACCAAAAAGGCAGUCCCGAAAUGGCGCCAAAACGUGUCUCAGAAUCUGUAACGUCGCAAACUGGGACGACGUGCACGCCUGCCAGGGACGUGGUGUAUAUCAAAGUACACAAGACGGCCAGUUCUACGCUUCAGAAUAUCUUCUACCGUUUUGGGGACGAGAAGGAUUUGACUUUUAUGCUGCCAGCCAAUGGUUUCUAUGUCGAAGGAGUGGACAAAUUCAAGCCUUCGGGAGUAUUGAAACCGCCACCGGGAAAACAGUACAACAUACUGGCAAACCAUGCACGCUUCUUUUAUGAAGAUUUCAAGAAAAUAAUGCCGGCCGACACCAAGUUCGUCACAUUAAUUCGUGAAGCAGCUAGCCAUUUCUCCAGUGUGUACUCUUACCGUGUAUUGAAACGUCUAUACAAGGUCGAGCUGGAGGGGUUUUCGUUGAACCCCAAGUUUUAUUUCGAGAAGUACGACCUCAACAGGAAGGGGCGAGUUUAUGGUGGUAGAGACCCAGAACUUUACGACCUUGGCUUCGAUAAGAAAGAUAUGAACAGCUCCACCAAGGUAGACAAUUAUAUUAAAUUUCUUGACAAGAAGAUGGACCUAGUCCUGCUGACGGAAUAUUUUUUCGAGUCUGUGAUUCUGCUGAAGGAUCUUAUGUGUUGGGAUUUACAGACGAUCGUACAUCUCAACAGUAAAAUCCGAGUACCUCUUGGGAAAGAGAAAGGCGCGAAUACUUUGCAAACAAAUUCGACAAAAGCAGACGCGUUGACGAACCGUCUGAACAAGUGGAACGAUGGGGAUUUCAAAAUGUAUGACCAUUUCAACCGCACCUUAUGGAAGAAGAUAGAAGCCUAUGGACGUGACCGCAUGGAAUCAGAGAUCGCAGAGUUAAAAGAUCUUACUCAGAGAUAUGAAGAUGAGUGUAUGAGCGGGAUUAAGGUACGGGAUAUAUCUUACUGGUCGGGUCCGAUCGGGCUAAAAGAGUAUGUGAUAAGAAAGGGGAAGGAGCAGAAUAUGACGUGUAAAAGACUUGGCAUGAGUGAGCCGGAAUUUGUCGAUUAUCUCCAAAAGAAGCACAAGACUCGAUUGCAAGGAUAAAUAGUAUCAUUGGCUUGCAUUUCGUUUAAUCUUCUUAGAGUAAACUGAAAAUCGCUGGAGGGAAAUUAAAGAGGUUGAUGUUGCCACUUUUGUUGGGGUUCACAUUGAUAGACAUUUGUCUUGGAAUAGUCAUAUUCGUUUUGUAAAUCAGGGUAUUAGAAAGAAAGUUGGAGUGCUAUUUAGAUUGCGACAUUUUGUUCCUAGCCGUACUCUGAUAUUAUUAUAUAAAGCAUUUAUACAACAACACAUUUCUUACGGAAUAGAGGUGUGGGGGAGCACUUAUAAGACUAUAGCCUAAGAAGUAUAUUAUAUUCACAGAAAAUCGCAGUUCGUGCCAUAACAUUUAGUGAAUGGAGAACUCCUUCAGAUCCAUUAUUUAAAAGAUUGCGAAUCCUAAAUGUGCACAAUUGACAUCAUUUAUCCACUUCUACUUUCAUGUUUGAUCUAGUCAAUGACAAUUUGCCGCAUAUUUUGAUAGAGUACUGUGACAUUAUAGAACAAGGGGUCAAUUUCAACCAAUGUCCGCGGACAAAAUAUUCCUCGAAAUAAAGAAAAUAGGGGUGCACAGGUGUCCUCGAAAUUGAUAAAUAGGGGUCAGGAAAAGGGAAAAGAGAAAA